AUGGCAUCGAUGGUACCAAGAUUCAGAUGUCUAAAUGCACCUCCAUUGAGACAGGCAUCAAGGAAUAUUCUUGCAAUUCCUUUCACAGCUACACGCUCCCUCGCCACUGAGACAGAUGCAUCCAAGCCAGAACCUAUCACCAAAAGACGUCCUACAUACUUCAAAGACAAGAUCAAUGCCGUUCCAUCGUUUUCCGAGUUUGUGGGCUUGCCAGACAAACCCUUAACCCCUGAUGAUGCACUCGAACUGCGAACUGCGAUGGUUGGGCCACCAGGAAAGAAGAGACAAAUCACCAGAUUACCUGAAUGGUUGAAGACGCCCAUCCCCGACAAUUCGAAUUACAAGAAGAUUAAGAAGGAUUUGCGAGGUUUGAACUUACAUACUGUGUGCGAGGAAGCAAGAUGUCCGAAUAUUUCGGAUUGUUGGGGUGGUGGUGAUAAGAGUGCUGCGACUGCGACGAUCAUGUUGAUGGGAGACACUUGCACAAGAGGAUGUCGAUUCUGCAGUGUUAAAACUGCAAAAACGCCAGCGCCAUUGGAUCCUCACGAACCGGAACAUACUGCCGAAGCAUUGUCGAGAUGGGGUUUGGGAUAUGUCGUUUUGACAUCGGUGGAUAGAGAUGAUCUUGCAGAUGGAGGGGCUAGACAUUUCGCAGAGACCAUUAUGAAGAUUAAACAAAAGAAGUCGUCGAUAUUGGUUGAGGCUUUGACUGGUGAUUAUGCGGGAGAUUUGGAAAUGGUGAAAUUGGUUGCGGAAAGUGGGUUAGAUGUUUAUGCGCAUAACAUGGAGACGACUGAGGAACUCACACCGUUUGUUCGAGAUCGAAGAGCGAAAUAUAGACAAAGUUUGAAGGUUUUGGAUGCAGCCAAGAAGGCUAAGCCUUCGUUGAUCACGAAGACAAGUAUUAUGCUUGGGUUGGGAGAAACUGAAGAAGCAUUGUGGCAAACAUUGAGAGAUCUUCGAGAAGUCAAUGUUGAUGUCGUUACGUUCGGUCAAUACAUGCGCCCAACUAAGCGACACAUGAAAGUAGAGGAAUAUAUUACGCCCGAAGCUUUCGAGAUGUGGCGUCAACGCGCGCUAGAUCUUGGUUUCUUAUACUGUGCUAGUGGACCUCUAGUGAGAAGUUCCUACAAAGCUGGUGAGGCAUUCAUAGAGAAUGUUCUCAAGAAGAGAAAGGGUGUAACGAUAUUGACUGAUGAAGCGACGGGUAUGGCUAAAGCGACUAAUGAGCAUUCCCCUCCUAGUCCCGACGCUCCUUUCCCAGCCUAUCAUUUCUACAACAACAAUUCCCUAAAGAAAUCGCCAAUCAAAAUGUACCUCCGUCUCCCCCUUACCUCGCUUAUCCUCAGCACCUUUACCCGCAGCUCCUUCUCCCAAACUUCCCCCUCCGAUCCCGAAUCGUACGCCUCCCAUCUCCUGCAAGAAUGUCUUCAAGCGCGCUCCGUUCCCUAUUCGAAUGCUACUUCUCCGAACUGGGCCAAUUUGACUACUCCUUUCAAUUUACGUCUGCAGUAUACACCUACGGCGGUAACGUUACCGAAGACGCAGGAGCAGGUGGGGAAUAGCGUUGUUUGUGCGGCGAGUGCGGGGUUGAAGGUCCAGCCGAGGGGUGGGGGUCAUAGUUAUGCAAGUUUUAGUAUUGGCGGGAGGAAUGGGAGUGUGGUGGUGGAUAUGAGUGGUUUUGAUGAAAUUUUGGUGGAUCGCGAAACCUAUAUUGCGAAGAUAGGCGCGGGACAGAGAUUGGGUAAUGUGGCGUUGGGAAUUCAUGCGCAGGGUGGUAGAGCUUUGCCGCAUGGAACAUGUGCUGGUGUUGGAAUAGGCGGACAUGCAACUCACGGCGGAUAUGGAUACGAUUCCCGUCUCUGGGGACUAGCCCUCGACACAAUCGUCGGACUCGACGUCAUCCUCGCCAACGGCACAUUUGUCCACACAAGCGAAGCUGAGAAUGCCGAUCUCUGGUACGCAUUGCGAGGCGCCGCCGAUGCUUUUGGCAUCGUCACACAUUUCUAUAUGCAAACACUUGCUGCACCAGCUGAAGUUACAUAUUUCACCGCCAAUCUCUCAUCUACGCUUUCCAGCGCCGAAAAAGUCUCUACUGCGUUUUUGAAAACUCAAGAUUUUGUUCGCAAGAGUCCUUUACUUACACCGAAUAUAUCAUUUGGAUUUAAUGUCAAUAGUGCAGGCGGUCUUGCUAUCACAGGAAUGUGUACCUUUUGCGAUCUUGUCCAUUUCCGGGAUAUUGUUUUCCCGGAGCUUGUAUCAGGUUUCGAUAUCGAUUCCCGGAAUAUAACGAAUCUAUCCUGGAUCGAUACACUCGCUACCCUCGCCGCACCUGAUCCUCUCGCUCAGCCCCUCUUAAACUACAAUUUACACGACACUUUCUACGUCAAAUCUCUCGUUACCAAAAACGAAAAUCCCCUAACCCCCGAAGCAGUCUAUGCAUUUUUCUCCUAUAUCCUCUCCCAUCAAUCUCCACAAAUCCCCUACUUCUCCAUCAUCAAUCUCUACGGAGCUCCCGGCUCCGCAAUCGACAGCGGAGAGAUAUCCUCCUCUAGUCAUGCAGAUAUGGAUGCUCUCUGGGUAUUCCAAAACUACGGAUACACGCCCACUCAUCUCCCACCGUGGGAUUCUCGCAUCACGCAAGUGAUUGAAGGGAUGACGAAUGUGGUGAUUGAUGCGCAACCCAAGGGGAAUUUCUCGGGUUAUGUAAAUUACGUGGAUCCGGAUUUGGACGCGGAGGAAGCGGCGGAAAUGUAUUAUGGGAAUGCGACGUAUGAUAGGUUGUUGGGGAUUAAGACGGAGGUGGAUAGUGGGUUUGUUUUUUGGAAUCCACAAGCGAUUGGGAAUGUGGGGAUUUUGCCUGUGGGAGUUGGAGAGGAGUAA